GUUGAUUUCUAAUUUAAAAGACACAAUGCCUGCUAAGCGUAAACGGAGUGUUCCACCAGAUGGCAUUGAGGAGAGGGAAGAGUCGCCUGCCCCUACUAUCAAGCGCAAGAAGAAAUCCCUUCAGUAUGACUCUCAAGAGCUGUGCCAGGAACUGUAUGACACAAUACGUUACUACAAAGAUGAAGAUGGCAGGAUCAUUUGUGAAACCUUCAUCAGAGCACCCAAGAGAAGGACUGCUGCCGAUUACUAUGAUGUUGUUUCGACUCCGAUCGAUCUUCUGAAGAUUCAGCAGAAACUGAAGAUGGAGGAGUAUGAAGACAUAGACCAGCUGUCUGCCGACGUAGAGUUGAUGCUGAACAAUGCUAAGGCUUAUUACAAUAAAACCUCUCAGGAGUAUAAGGAUGCGGCCAGGCUGUGGGACUUGUUUGUAGAGGCGAAGAAUGACGUGAUAUCCGAGGCUUUUGGAGAAUUACCUCGCCACGAGCCGCCACGCAGUCGACGAGAAGUGUCCGUACCAAAGGAGGCGAAGAUUGAAGAUGUAGGUGCCAUGACCGAAGAGGAUGAAGAGGAAGAUGAUGAUAAAGCUAUGAAUGACGACGCACAUUCGACUAUUUCUGAAAGCCGUGAGCCUGAUGACCCGGAUGAUAUCGAGGCUCUGUUCACGUCCGUGAUGAUGGCGCGAGAUGGUGAAAGAGACAUCAGCUUGAUGUUUCAGCUUCUACCUCAGAAAUCUAAAUACCCUGAGUAUUACUCCGUCAUCAAGGAACCCGUUGAUCUGAAAAUGAUUGCUCAGAAUAUACUUGAUGGCAAAUACAAGUACAUCAAGGAAAUAGAACGAGACCUAAAUAGAAUGAUAAAAAAUUCGAAGAUAUUCAACGAACCCAAGUCGCAAAUCUAUAAGGAUGCUGUUGCUCUCAAGAAAGUGAUAGCAGCUAAAAUCCACGAGCUGGAUUGCAAGAAAACUGGUUUGCUGAAGACAAGUGAGCGAAUAAGAACCCGGAACUCGAACGUGCCGAAGAUGUCGUCGGUGUGUGCGAGCCUGAAGUACCAGUCUGACGAGGAGAGCGACGCGAACACGCCACAGAUGACGAGUCACCUGGAGGAGGGCGACAGUGAUGGCGACGUUGGCAUGACCGAAGAUGACACACCCAUGAUGGCGCUCUACAAGGCCAUCGUCAACUACAAAACACCAGCGGGAGAACAGCUGUCGGAACCAUUCCUCAAACUGCCCAACAGAAGAUUUUAUCCUGAUUAUUAUGAAGAAAUCAAGAAGCCGAUGUCCCUCUACAACAUUCGAAAGAAAUUGAAGCAUAACCGUUACAGUUGCCUAGCUGAUAUUGCAGCAGACAUGAAUCAGGUGUUUGACAAUGCCAAGCAGUAUAACCAGGAUGGAUCCAAGAUCUACAAGGACACUAUUCUGCUACGAAAGUUCAUGCUGGACAAGAAAAAAGAGUUGGAAAAAACUGAGAACAGGGAGAUGACGACAGUCAGUGCACAUCCUGUAGUGUAUCAGCCAUCUGUAUCACUGAAACCCUUGAUCACUGAAGAGGAGCACACACCGAAAAGUAAAAGUCGUCGAAGCAUGCCUGUGACGGACAGUGAGAAGAAGCGUAAACGGUCGCCGGAGGAAACACUGAAGCGACGACUUGGGGCCCUUUACAAGUCGGUCUAUGAAUAUCCGGAGCCAGGUACUGGGCGCUUCCUACGUCAGAUCUUCAUGGAGUUACCAUCCCGCAAGGACUACCCCGACUACUACCAGGUGAUUCUGGAGCCCAUCGACAUGACCAUGAUUGAGGCCAAAAUCAAAGCAGAAAAGUAUCCUAGCGAGAUGACCCUUCUCAAUGACUUUGACCUGAUGUUCAGCAAUGCGCGACACUACAACGAGGAGGGCUCACUCGUCUACCAAGACGCCAACCAGCUGGAUCGCGUCCUCAAGAGUAAAUGGCGCAGCAUGAACCAGACUCCAGCACCGCGCUCCACAACCAAGAGUCGUUCGAAGGCCAAGUCUUCCUCUCCAUUAUCUCAGAAGCUACAAGAUCUGUUCGAGUCGAUCCGAGACUAUCACGACAAGUCGGGGCGGGUUCUGUCUCCACCCUUCCUCAAACUGCCACUCAAAAGUGAUUACCCCGACUACUACGAGAUCAUCAAGCGACCUAUGGACAUGCAGCGCAUUCAGCAGCGGAUGACGGGGCCGCACCAGUACGAGAGCGUUGAGGACAUGGUGGCUGACUUCGUACAGAUGUUUGACAACGCCUGCAAGUACAACGAGCCAGACUCGCUCAUUUACAAGGAUGCACUAACUCUACAGAGACUGUGUCUGGAGAAGAAGAUGGAACUGACAUCGGAUGGGACGAAUGAAAUCCCUGAUAUCAAAGCUCUGGUUCAAGAGUUGAUGACCAACCUCUUUAUAUCUGUGUAUAACCACCAGGAUGAAGAAGGGCGGUGUUACAGCGACUCGUUCGGCGAACUCGCUGAUUUAGAGGCGCAAGCGGCACUGGAUGCGGCAGGAGUUCCAAUCAAGAAACCACCAAAGUUCGACCAGAUAAGAAGAAAUCUAGACAAGGGCCGUUACCGACGAAUAGACCGAUUUCAAGAAGAUAUGUUCAAAGUGUUUGAGCACGCAAGAAGUCUGAGUCGCACUGACUCUCAGCUAUAUGAGGAUUCCAUUGACAUGCAAAUGUUUUUCAUCAAAAUCCGUGAUGAGUUGUGUAAGAAUGGGGAGAUGGUGUUGACCCCCGCCUUGAGUUACACAGAGCGCCACCUGCUGGAGGCUUUAGAAAUCACAAAACGCGAAAAGCUUGUCCAGGAACAGAAGGACGAUGAAGAGAAGAAGAUAAAAGGAGAAUCAGAAGAGAAGGUGGACGACAUGUCUUUAGAUACAGACCCCAAGGAGCACAGUGUCACAUUCAAAGGACAGGAGUAUUUCAUUGGUGACUUCGUUUAUGUGGAGCCAAGAGAAGCGAGACUGCAGCCUCACAUCAUGCUGAUUGAGAAGUUCAUCACUGACAGCGCCGGGGUCCAGAGCAUGCAGGGCAACUGGUUCUACCGACCAAACGAGACCUAUCACCUCGCCACGAGGAAGUUUCUCGAGAAGGAAGUGUUUAAAAGUGAGAGCGUCACAACCAUUCCCUUGGCUCAGAUCAUCGGGCGAUGUCACGUCAUGUUUGUCAAGGAUUAUUUCAAAAUGAAGCCUGAGAAUGUGCCAGACAAAGAUGUGUUUGUAUGUGAAUCUAGAUACCAUGCCAAACACAAGUGCUUCAAGAAAAUUAAGAUCUGGACGACAGUAAAGAAUGAGAAUGUGAAGAUUGUUCUGCGAGAAACCCCUCUGUCUCAGGUUCGAGUUGCCUCAGUGUUUGCCGACAAGACUCCCUGCGAUGUCGUUGUUGAAGAUGAUGGUCAAACCAGCGUGCUCGAUAAAACUCGCAUUACAGUUCUCAGUGAACAGAUCCCGGAAGAUAACAACGUGUACUAUGAGCAGUAUGUGGGAGCCAACGGAUGUUUUAAACUGGGUGACUUUGUCUUUUUGAGAUCAGAACGAGAACGACCUCCGCUGGCUCGCAUUGACAAAUUGUGGACCACUCCCAGCGGUGAUGCAUUCUUCUUUGGUCCAUGGUUUGUCCAUCCCUCUGAGAUCCAGCACUCUCCUACGCGACUCUUCUACAAGAGAGAGGUGUUCUUGAGUUCCGUGGAGGACACCAAUUCUUUGAUGAGCGUCAUCGGCAAGUGUAGCGUCCUGCACAUCAAAGACUACUGUUCUUCCCGUUUAACGGAAUAUCCAGAACAGGAUGUGUAUGUGUGCGAGUCAAAGUACAUGGAAACUGAAAAGUCCAUCAAGAAGCUGGGCAAGGGCCUGAAGAAACAUGCACUUUCACCCAAGGUUACUGAUGAUGAAAUCUAUUUCUUCAGAAAGUUAAUUUCUGCACAGAAGGUCAGUUUUGCAGGUAUUCCCGGAAAGCCAGCUUUAUUUAUGGAGCCGUCCCCGCUGCUGUUGAAGACAUCUGACGAUCAGUUUGGUGCAGACAUUGAGGACUCGCAGGACGGACACAUGGACGCCGACCACAGCUUGAACAUGUCGUAUGACGACGCCGCCCCCACGCCCGAAGUUAAAACGAAAAAGGUUGGGAAAUGCUUUUCAGACUACAUGUUUGACCUUUUCUUAGAGGUAAAGAAUCCAAAUCGUCGACAGCCCAGUGGUUACAUCGUGUUUGCUGGGGAAUGUAGGAAGACAAUUGCCAAGGAGAAUCCAGAAGCAACAUUUGGAGAUAUCAGCCGACUUGUUGGCACUAAGUGGCGGAUGCUGUCGGAUGAAGACAAGAAGAUAUUUGAGGAGAGGGCCAAGAAGAUUUCCGAGGAGAUGCAGGCCAAACAACAGGAGGCAGAUCGGGCAUUCAACGAAUCCUUAAACCGAUCGCAAAGUCCCUGGGAGGCCGGUCGAAUGUCUCCAGGUUCCCAGGGUCACUAUGGUGGAUUCUCAGGAUAUUCCGGACAACCAGGAAUGGCACAAGGGAAUUAUGGGAUGCCAAAUGGUCACAUGACCCCACAGCCAGGAAUGAUGUAUGGCUCACCGAUGAUGACGCCGCCGUCAAGAGGAGUUGCCGGAAUGCCGCCGAUGCCACCAGGACAGAGGCCGUUUAUGGCGCCAUUCUGUCAAACAGGGAACCGCCUACCCGGGGCCUACCCCGGCAUGCCUCCGGGUCAGACAGCGAGUCCCCACCCAGGCAUGCCGCAUCCCCUCCCUGGCAUGUCUGCCGCCCCCUACCCCAUCAGUCCUGGUGGUACUCCACAAGGUAUGCCACCACACGGGUUCUCCAUGUAUGCGAGGCCAUCCUGCCUGCCCCCUGGUGACGGGAUCUCACACUAUGCUCAUGCUUUUCGAUGCCUUCCUAUGUCUUAUCUGCACUAUGCAAAUUCUCAGCAAAUGGUUCCACCCCCACCUCCACCACGCCCCCCGUCUCCAAUGUUUGUUUCCGUCCCUCCAAGAACCCAAAGACUUCUUCACUCAGAAGCAUAUCUCAGGUACAUUGAAGGUUUGAAUGCUGAAAGCAAGACGAUUGGAGACUGGGACAAGACCUUGUCUGCUGCUCGGGAAAACACUCCAGGUAUCCCCGAGAGCAGGCUGCCCACCCAUUGGCUGGGCCAGGGAGCUGGUUACCAUGGCAACGUGACUAGUGCAUUGUGGGCGCUGCGGGACCACAUGCUGAAGGAUGCACUGAGUAUACAGCGGAUAAUCCCAUUUGAUGAUCUCUGAACUCUUGAAGACCUAAUCAGCUCAUUACAGCAUUUUAUCAUCGAGUCAACAUUUUAUAUCGUGGUCAUUGUUAUUAGUUGUUUUAUUUGAAAAACAUUUUAAUGUACAAUACUGCCUCCAGUUGUCUACAUAUUGGACUUGUUUGGUCAGUGCCUGUGUGUUGUAUGAAUGUUUCAUGCUAUCUGUAGGAUACAGCUUGGUAUUGUCUGUAAUUGAAAUAGUCACUGCUAAUUGCUCAUUGCCAAGUCUUACAGCAAUCUGCACCCUUAGGACGUACAUGAUAAGACACUGUCGUGGUCUUGUAUGAUUCUUCAUACAACUGUACUAAAUAUUGUUCUGCAAUUCACUCAUCCUAUAACAUUAUUAGCAAUGAUUUCCAUCGGUGGGCCCAUUGAGCUAUUUCUCGUUCCAGCCAGUCCAUCACUGGUAUAUCAAAGUCCAUGGUAUGUGCUAUGCUGUCUAUGGGAUGGUGCAUAUAAAAGAUCCCAUGUUACUAAUGG